AGUGAUUCAUCUCCGAAAUCCGAAAUACACAAUCUUUGCGCAGCUGCACAGCGCUGCCUGCUGUUGUAUCUGACUCCGUGAGGAUGGACGGUGUGUCGUUAGGACACUGCCUCUCAUGUCUUACCAGUCUGGUGGCCACACCGGCCUCGCCACGUCCAAACUGCAACACAGAUUCAGAGGAGGACACGGUAAAUGGAGGGAUGCACACCUUCAACCAGACGCACAUGAGGAAGGCUUUCCAGCUGAUGAACGACCUGAGGAGUAAAACGAUGCUGUGUGACAUCCAGCUGGUGGCGGGGAGCAUUGAAGUGCCGGCUCACAGGGUGGUCCUGGCGUCCUGUAGCCCCUACUUCUAUGCCAUGUUCACAGGUGAUAUGAGUGAGAGCAAGGCCCAUCAGGUGGAGAUCAGAGAGGUGGAUGGACAGACCCUGAGAAAGCUGGUCGACUACAUCUACACAGCUGAGAUAGAGGUCACAGAGGAGAACGUCCAGGUUCUGCUGCCAGCAGCCAGCCUCCUCCAGCUGAUGGAUGUUCGUCAGGUUUGUUGUGAGUUCCUGCAAUCUCAGCUUCACCCCACCAACUGUUUGGGUAUCAGAGCCUUCGCUGACGUGCACACAUGCACACAGCUUCUCGACCAGUCCCACGCAUACGCCGAGCAGCAUUUCACUGAGGUGGUGCAGGGAGAGGAGUUCCUGGGCCUUUCUCUGCAGCAGGUGUGCAGCCUCAUUUCCAGCGACAAACUCACUGUUUCCACAGAGGAAAAGGUGUUUGAGGCGAUGAUAUCCUGGAUCAAGCACGAUAAGCCAGCUCGUCUGGAGUACAUGCCCAAACUAAUGGAGCAUGUCAGACUUCCACUACUGUCCAGGGAUUACCUGGUACAGAUUGUCGAGGAAGAGGCUUUGAUAAAGAACAACAACACCUGUAAAGAUUUUCUCAUAGAAGCAAUGAAGUAUCACCUGCUGCCAGCUGACCAGCGGCACCUCAUCAAGACAGACAGGACCCGACCACGAACUCCUAUCAGCAUCCCAAAGGUGAUGAUUGUGGUGGGCGGUCAGGCUCCUAAGGCGAUCCGCAGCGUGGAGUGUUACGACUUCCAGGAAGAUCGAUGGUACCAAGUAGCCGACCUGCCUUCAAGACGCUGCCGGGCAGGUGUGGUUUCUAUGGCAGGCCGUGUGUAUGCAGUCGGAGGGUUCAACAGUUCUCUGCGGGAGCGAACGGUGGACGUGUACGACGGAGUGAGAGACCAGUGGAGUGCUGUGGCGAGCAUGCAGGAGCGACGCAGUACACUGGGAGCUGCUGUGCUGGGCGAUUUACUGUACGCCGUUGGGGGCUUUAACGGCAGUAUAGGUUUGUCAACAGUUGAAGCCUACAAUUAUAAAACCAACGAGUGGAUGUAUGUUGCCUCCAUGAACACCAGACGCAGCAGUGUGGGUGUAGGGGUGGUUGAUGGAAAGUUGUAUGCAGUAGGAGGUUAUGAUGGAGCAUCCCGUCAGUGUCUCAGUACAGUGGAAGAAUACGACCCUGUCGCUGAUCAGUGGUGCUACGUAGCUGACAUGAGCACACGGCGCAGUGGAGCAGGGGUAGGUGUGUUGAAAGGUCAGCUGUAUGCAGCAGGAGGACAUGACGGUCCUCUGGUGAGAAAAAGCGUUGAGGUGUACGACCCACAGACCAACACCUGGAGACUGGUCUGUGACAUGAACAUGUGCCGACGAAACGCAGGUAUUUGUGCCAUUAACGGGCUGCUGUACGUGAUUGGAGGAGACGACGGCUCCUGUAACCUGUCCUCUGUAGAGUUUUACAACCCUGCCACAGACAAGUGGAGCCUUAUUCCCACAAACAUGAGCAAUGGACGCAGCUAUGCAGGAGUGGCAGUGAUUGACAAGCCAUUAUGACCAGGGGCCUCCCACAGCAUCAGCUCUGCAUCUGCAGCCAGUUUCACAGAGACUCGCGCUGACGUCUGAAGCUCAACAGGCAGCCGGAGAAGUAACGCCUGAGAUAAACACUGUCCAAAUGGAUAGGACGCCCUCAAUCCUCAGCUGACUUUAUCAACUAUCCAUCUUAAGGAAUUAUUUUUUGGCGCUAAACCACAACCUGAUUUUGUUGCUAUGUCCAUUUCUAUAAGUGAGAGCCUGAAUUUUAAAGGACACUGUUAGGACACUGGAUAAGAAACAAUAUCCACAGGUUAUGGGAUUAUAAGAACUUUGUCUUGGUGAGUUUUCAAUUGCCAAGCCCACGAAAGAAGUGGUUGUAUCAGCUGACAUGAGACGCUGAUGUUCAAAUCACUUUGAUGGGCCAAACGGAGUGAAGUGCUUUAGAUGCUCAGUGGUGUCACGGUGGCGUUCAUGUGAUGGACUGUGAAACAAAAAAACGCUGUUUGCAGGCAGACUGACCACCUACAGCGUUAACAAUGUUACUGCAAUUAUCAGGACUGACCUGUGAAUAGCUGUUGCAGGAGCAUUUUUCAAAAUCCUGAAAAACCUGGGCUGCCAUGGAAGACUUUUUUUUUUAAUUAUGAGACUUGCCACAAUUCCUAGAAUAUAAAUCCGCCAAUGGCAACUUGAUUUUGAAAAAGAAAUUGUUUGAUUCCUGCACCGACCGUCAGCAGCUCCAGCUGUUAUGUGGUCAGCAAAAGGCCACAGCUGCCAGAGUGUAUUUGUUUCAACCCGGAGGCCUGGACCUAAAGAGCUACAAGAUAAAGAAUGUAGAAAACAUCUUAUAUGCAAAUCAGUUAUUGUAUUUAAUAUUUUUGAGAUUGUUUUUAAAGAGGUUAAAAACCACUUGCUGUGGCUUUAGACCCAGGCCAGUUGAUCUGAUUCGACACAGUAGAACUUGAGUCUGUUGUCGACACACUACUGAUGCACUGAUUGCUUGCACUGACUGAUACAGACCUGCAGGCUGGUUGUCUGACUCAACGAUCGGCCUGCCGGACGUCUGCCCGACUUUCUGACUGACCUGCUGUCAGACAGACGGCUGCUUAGCUGUCUGUCUCCAUUACUGAUCGUAGUCAUGGAAGCAUUUAAAUUCACCACUUCAAGGCCAAUAAUUGUAUCAGAAAUUGUAAAAAAAGAAAACAAAUGUGCCAGUUAUGCUGAUCAGAAAAUGCUGGAGUCACAUCAUAGUGUUUUUAUCGUAAGUAACAAACUAAAAUGAUGAAUUGUUAUUGUUCGUUGUCUAAGGGAGAGUGUCAAAAUGCACUGUAAAAAUUCUAAUGUAAAAGAUAAGGGUGUAAGAUUGUCUAUUUAUUGUUUUGGGACAUUCGAUUACAUAGCAUUUAUUCAUAUCAAAGUGAGGAUCUCAUUUCAUUUUCUCAGCCACGUGUUACACUUGUUCUUCUCUCACAUUCAUUCAGACGAUGAUGGGUGUAUUUUAAAUUAUGUUAUUUAGCUGACUGACUGGUGCCAUAGCUUUUGGAGAAAAGAGAUUUAUUGAAGCUGCUUUUAUGAAAGGAGUUCUCACCCAAACCUUUCACUUCUGCCUGCAAUAUUCCAGAAAUUACAACGUAAUUGACUGUCAUUUCAAAGCCUUCUGACAAAAAAGUGUAUAAAAUACUUGAAAGACCA